AUGUCUCGACUUCCUUCCCUCUUCAUGGAGAGUAAAAGAGAGGGAAAACAAGCUGAGCCUCUCAUGAACCAUACGACUGCUACUACUAGUAAUAAUAACAAUUCGUAUCAUGUGAUUGUGGAAGACUUGUCAAAACACAGUUUCUAUGGAACGGAAGGAUAUUAUGAUUCAAAAACACCCUUAUUCGGAACCUUAAAUGAUUCUUCUUCUGAGGAGAAUGAUGAUAAAUAUUCUUCAGGAUCCGAUUCUGAAUCCAUCAUUCUUGAUUCGAAUGAUAUCAAUGCCUUGGAUUUGGGAUCUGAGGUAGCACCACCUCAAGGAGUGAUUGAUUUUUCGACUUUCAUGUUGAAUGAGAAUGAUCCAUCCUCAGUACUACUGACACGAAAAGGCUUGACAUCUUCUGCAACAACAACAAUGGACCAUGGAUCAAGUCAUGUGAUCGAUAAACACGAUCCUGAUGGUGCAUUGAGAAACCAACAGCAAUUGAAUCAUCAAAGCCUCACUUCCCAUCAACAAGAUCCAAAAUCCCUCCAUCUACAACUUCCCAACUAUCUCUCACAAAAACAAUCCUCGAAAACAACACCACAACCUUCUUCACGACCAAACUUGCUUUCCAGCAGGUUGCAAAUGUUAUCAAGUGCUACUGCACGUUCGUCUCAUGCAUUAGACCCCUCGAACCAAAACAACAAAAAUGAACAAGAUACUUCUUCCGAAGAUGGAUUCAAACUCAUUGCUCUCUCGUCUGCUUCUUCAACAAGUAGAUCUAGUUGUAGUAAUAAUUCAGGACGACGAUCAGCAUCUCCUCAAGUUGUAAAAGAGUCCCACCACACGAUCAAGACAAAUUCUUCCAAUCAUUCAAAUCCUACCAAUCCCAUAAUGAAUUCAACUCAUUCAAAUCAUAUUAAUUCAAAUCAUAUUAAUUCAAAUCAUAUUAAUUCAAAUCAUUCCAAUCCUACCCAUUCCAAUCCUACCCAUUCCAAUCCAACCCAUUCUCUACAUCAUACAUUUUCAUCAUCAUCACUUUUAAAUGAAGAAGAUUAUAUUUGUAUGAAAUUAUUAGGUCUACACAAACAUCAAGUAACUGCUCAUGACUUGUUAUUAAAAUUAUUUGAUAUAUUUGGAAGUACUGAAUAUAAUCAAGGUAAACGACAACAUUUAACGUUUCGAGCAGCAGCAUUGGCAGUGAGUGCCAUGUUGAAAUCACACAAAAAUGCUCAACAUUCAAGUUUAUCAGCAAAUCAUGACAUGCCAUUACCAUCUCCUCAUCAUACACAUACCACCAAUGUGAUUAUGAUUAAUAGAAAAAUUAAAGAAUCUAUUGGAAAUGGAAUUUCUAAAAGAGUAGAUCGACAUUCACCUCAAUAUUUAGAAUUAGUCAAAAAGAAGGUUGGAUACAUUCCUCAAAAACAUUUAAAAAUGCAUCAAAUGUCGAAUCCUUUCAUGGAUUCACAGCAUGUCAUGAAUGAUGAAACUUUUAAAAUGAUUUCAGUCUCUCAUUUGAAUCCAAAUCAUCAUUUUCAUAUUGGAGGUGUUCAUAGUAGUGGUCAUUCUAAUAGUGGUCAUUCUAAUAGUGGUCAUGGUAGUGGUCAUGGUAGUACUAGUGGUACCAUUAGUGGAUUUGGUACAAGUAGUACUAGUGGAUUAGGUAUGGUUGGUACAAGUAGUCUUACAAGUUCUUCUCAUCCUACUACUAUUACUACUACUAGUAGUAGCAAUACUCUUGUAUCCAAUCAUCCUACUAGUAGUAAUAGUAGCAAUACAAUGGUUCAUGGUGUUGGAACCACAACAACAAGAGAUUCUCAUCAUCAUUACAACUCUCCUACAACCCAUACGACUAUGGGAAUAUCCAAUGAUCAACAAUCUAAAUUUAAUAAUGUCAAGAAGAGAAUGAAAUAUUUAAAAUUUAAAAAUAUCAUGUAUGAAUCUACCAUAUUCAUGAAAGAUACUGAAAAUCAAACUCUAGAAUCAGUAUUAGGCUAUUCUACUAAGGUUAUAUAUGAAAAUCCUUUUAUUGAUUUCAAUACAUGUUUAUCUCAUUUAAAAACUCUAUCUAAAUUAAGAUUUCCAGAAUUAGAAAAGAAUAGUUUAGAAACAUGUUCAAAAACUCUACUCUAUCCCUAUGUAUUGAACAUGUUGAAAAGAGCACACAAAUUAGUGAAUAAUUUUUCAAAAUGGAUUACUUGUGAUCCAAAUAUAUCUUCUCUCUUUCAUUACUAUCGACCAUCUUUAUUUCGAUUAUUUAACAUGUUUAUUGAAAUUGAACAUUCACAAGAACCAUUAAAUGUGAAUUCAGAAGAUAUAUUUAAAGCAAAUAAUACUUUGAAAUUAGAUUCAUUUAUUGCUUUUUGUAUUCGAUUUACAAUUAUUCCUAAUAUGGUAUCUGAGCAUGAAUCAAGGAAAAUAUUUAAAAGUAUUUUAAGAGAAAAGAGAAAUAAUUUUUUAUCGACGAGUAGUAGAUCCUCCACGAAACACGAUGUUCAAGCAGUGAAUAUUAGUGAAUUUAUUGAAGUAUUGGCAAGAAUUGCUGUGGUGUCAAAUUCAAAGACUAGUUCUGUGGUGCCAUCGAAUCCUAUCAGUAGUAUCAAUUCUGGUACUAGUAGUAGUAUCAAUCCUGGUACUAGUAGUAGUAUCAAUUCUGGUGCUAGUAGUAGUAUCAAUUCUACUGGUACUAGUAGUAGUAAUCCUGGUACUACUAGUAUUCCAUCCGAUCAAUUACAAAAAUGUCAACUCUUACUUGAUCAUUUAGAAGAAGAAUAUUAUUCUUUAUUUGGUGAAUUCAUGUCCAAAGAAAAACAACGAACACGUUUAACCAAGAAUAUUGAUCAUGGUAUUCAAUCUCAGUUUGAUAAGGAUACCAUUCUCAAAAAGAAGACCAUCUCUAUUGCUAAAGAAUCCAAUCUCUCUAGUAACUCUUUAUUAACACAACCAUCAUUGGAUGAAAAGAGAAGAAAUAGACCAUCUUUUAUCAUUCAACAAAAGAAUGUCAAGAAUCAUCGAGUCAAUCGUAAAAAAGAAACUGAAAUGGAUUUGAUUCAAUCGAUUGGAGAGCAAAGAUUUCAUGAAUUAUCAAAUCAAAAAUAUUUAGAUAAAUUAUUUCAAAUCUAUAGUAGAGAUAAGAGGAAUCGAAUAUGGACAUUUAAUGAAUAUCAAUUAUUCAUGGAUGAAUAUCAUUUAAAAACAAUAUUGAAGAGAAUUCAAAAAUAUAUUCAAUCUAAUUUUAGACAAGAAGUGUUGAACCAUGAGGAGAUUGAUGAUGAUGACAAUGAUGCUCAUGGUGUUACUUUGACUACUACUACCACUACUACUAACCAUACAUUCCAAUCCCAUACCACUCUCAUUGAUGACAAGUAUCUUAUUGGACUCUUUCGAAAUCGAUCCAUGAAUUUACAAUUAUCUCAAAUUAACUUUUAUCAUUUAAUUUAUGACAUUUAUAUGGACAAGAUGAUUCAAUCUUCAACACUGAAUGAUUUUUCACUCUUUCUUGAACAAUUAUUCCAUCGUGAUCAUUAUUUAAGAGCAAUUGAAAAUGUUAGAAAUAGAAAUAUACGAACUCUUCAUUCAUUAACCUCCUCUCAUAUGGACAGUAGUAACACUCAUCGAGGUAUGAUUGGUGUUUCAUCAUUACACUCUAACUAUCAUCAUCAAGGAACGUCACCAUUACACUCUCAUCAUCAAGGAACAUUGUCAUUACACUCUAGCUAUCAUCAAGGAACUUUACACUCUUUUAUUUCAAAACGUAUCUAUCGACAAUUUUAUGUAAUUAAGGGCAGUCGAAUUGUUUCAAUGAUUGAAAAUAGAAAGGGAUGUAUCAUGAGAGAAUAUUUAAUAUCUCCAUCCAGUUCUAAAUCUCAUCCAUUCGAUGAUAUUCAAUCUACUCUAUUUGAUUUAAAUAUGAUAUUAUUAGAUACAUUUAUUGAAGAUGAAAUUCUAUCUUUAUUAACUCUAUGUGAAUCAUUUAAUCAAUUUUUACAUCGAUUGAUUUUGAAUGGAUAUGAUUUGAAAAGUAAAUGUGAAUCUUGUAGUAGUCAUCAUCAUCAUGGAAGAAGUACUCGUAGUAGUAGUAGUAGUAGUAAUAAUUGUAGUAGUAGUAAUAAUAAUAAUAAUAAUAAUAGUAGUAGUAGUACUAGUACUAGAAUGAAUUCAAAUCAAUUAUCAGGAAUGAACUCUAGCCUGAAUUCAAGAAUGAAUUCAAAUCUCUUAUCAAGAAUGAAUUCUAGCCUUUCAUUAAAUUCAGCAAGAAUGAAUUCUCGAGGCCUGUUUUCAUCCAAUCAUUAUGAUUCUGAACAACCAUUCUAUCAACAAGUGAAAUGUUUAAGAUUUUGUAAAAGAAAGACAUUGGAACCAGUGGGAUGUAUAUUUGAUAUGGAAGGUCAAUUCUCGAGUUUGGAACAUCAACCUCUUCAAAAUGAAUUUCAAAGAAGUGAUUUUUCACUGACUUUUUAUGAUUGUGAGUUGUUGAGUGUGAGGGAGGGAGAUGAACAGAGUGAUGAUCAUCAUCAAGGUAAUAAUAAUAGUAGUAGUAGUUGUCGUCUUCGUCGAAUGGAUCACUCUGUACAUGCUAGUCAUAAUCCUAGUAGAAGAAUGGAUCCUGUUGAUUCUCCUGUUGGUAUGGAAUUAUCAUCAGAAGGGAACACGAGUCAUCUUUUUCAUACUUUAUUGCAAUUAUAUAGAGAGAGUCAUUCCAUUGAUGAAUUAACCAAUGGUAUUCGAAAUUUAGGAUUUGAUAUUGUUUCAGUGAGGUACUUUUUGUAA